GCCGAGCGUGCUGCCUGCCCCAUCAGACGCAGCCGAGGAGUGCGAGAGAGAUUGCUCGUAGGAUUCUUCUUCGUCGAGGAGCUGGGGGUGAAUGGCAAGGUGGGGGAAGCAGGCUGGGCAGCGACAGAAGGAGGCACGGAAGUUGUCUUUGAAGAAAAGAGAGAAGGGUUCGGUUGGUGGGGAGGGAAGCUGGCUGAUUUUGCAAGACGGUGGCUCGUCUUUUGUGCCUGAGUUUGUCGCACCAUCACCAUUACUCUUUGGUUCGGUGAUAGUCGUUGCUGUGGGUUUGCUUUCCGUGUCGUUGUCUCCUCUCGCUCGCUUUGCUUCCACGUCACCGUCGGUACCAUCAUCCCCUGCUUUUUUUCGCUUCUGUGAUGAAGCAACAGGUGCGACUGUUGUCUUCAGAGCUUCCUUUUGAUCCUCUUUCCCCUCAGAUUUUGCCUGCGGCGAAGGUGCCCCGCUGCGUUUGAACACAGGCGGCAAGAGUCCAUCUGUGCCAGCAUAUGCCUUGAUCCACGGGUUUGCCUCAACACAUUUGUAGCAGAUAAAACCAGAAAAGUCAUCGGCGUGUGGAAACCCAGGGGGUGUUGGCAUGCCGUCUUCCAUAUCAAUGGCGUCCCCAUCGUCUUCUGCUGUAGUAGCCGUCGGUCCCUGGUCAUUCCCGGCUGUAGAUUCUGCCAAAGCCGCCUUCUUCUUCAUCGCCUCAUCAUGCCACGAUGGAUCCAAUCCAACUAUACAAGUAGUAUGAUACCAAUCCUCGCCACAGCCGCCAUUCUUCGCCGCCCCAAGGCCAAGACACUGAUACAUCACCCCCUUCUGAGACUCAGCAUCAUAGUCGCAUUCGCACCCACAAAACCGGUUUCGAAAGUUCUGGUUAUACUCGUUCUUCUCCUCACACGGCUCAUUGAUCACUCCGCCUUUCUGUCCCGUCUCCGAGUUGGUUCGUAACGUGCAUGGUGUAGUGGAUGGGAGACGCGUCGUGCCGCAGUCGCAAACGAAGUUACGCUUGUAGAACAGCUCAACGAGGGUAUGCUCGCCGUGGCACGCAACCGAGCAUGAAUAGCAGACUCCGGCUGGGGUAUAGGGAUCGGAAGGAUUCGCAGGUGGCGGGUUGCAUGUUAUGCAGGCGAAGAGGUCCUGGCGCAAAGGGCCGAGUUGUUUCGUGCAGGUGUCGAAUUUCUAGAUUCGGUCAGUUUGUUGUCAGAUAUAAUGGAGGAUUGAGUCAUGCAUACAUAUGGGAGAGCCUCUCUUGCAUCUGCCUCAAGUUGAAGUUGGCUGCUGAUGAAUCUGAUCAAAGGUCAAUGAAUGUCAUGACGGGCUGGAUGGGAUCUGCGUACUCAGCUGCGGUUUGAGAGUCCUGAGAAACUGAAGAAUCGCUAUCACGUCGCUCUGAAUCAGCAGUAUCUUGCGAAGACGCCAUUUUAUAGGUUCUUCUUGCUCUUAAAUCUCAGUUGGGGAUAGAUUGUGAUGUAGUUUCGUUGUGUUCAGGGUCGGGAUAUGGCGAGGCUCGAGACCAUAUCCACAGCCUCGCACAAUCUUGGUCACCGUAAUAGAGUGGAAACGCGCCGACGCGUAAACGCGAAACGUGAAACUUCAAGACGCGCCUGAACAGAUCAAUUAUCCCCCCUUCUGAACUCAGCGCCAAUUCAUCCAUGUCAUUGACCAGGCUACCAUUAUCAACAACAAACUCAGGUAUAAACAAAAGGAUUUUGCACAUUUUAAAUAUAUACUGUUGCAACCAUGAGUUCGCCAUUGAGGCCCAACAUGGACUCCGCGAACCGCGGAGCAGGAAGCAGAAACCUGGGCAAACGUGGCAGAGAUGAAGAGGAUGUGCCGACUUCUGGUUAUGCCUCCAGUCCUGCUGCCGCCAUCAUCCCCUCGUCACCGCCCGCGUAUCAUCUGGACCGUGCCGACGACGACGACGAUGACAUCGUGGACGACUUUAUCGCGGAUAUUGACGAUGCAGAUGAAAUGGUAGAGGAUGAAGACGGAAUCGAUCUCUUCGCGGAUAACUUUGAGCGCGACUACGAGGCUCGCGAGGAUGACCAGUAUGGCGGUGACGAUAUCGACGAUGAGGGCGACCACGAGGAGUUAGAUGCUUCAACGAGACGCCAGCUCGAAGAGCGACUUAACAGGAGAGACCGAGAGCUUGCUCGCCGGCGCCGUAUGCCAGCAGCGUUUCUUCAAGAUGAGGAAGAAGAUGAUGGAAUGGACCUCACCAACCAGCCCAGGCGCCGUCGCCAUCGCUAUGACGAGGAACCGGAUGAAGACAUGAUGGACAACAUUAUGGAAGAAGAACUGACGCUAGAGGCCUUGCAGGACGUCAAAGCGACGAGUGUGGUGGAAUGGGUUGCCCUACCACAAGUCCAGAGGACGAUUGCGAGAGAGUUUAAGUCGUUCUUGACGGAAUACACUGAUGACAACGGUUCCUCGGUCUACGGAAAUAGGGUUCGCACGCUCGGAGAGAUCAACGCAGAGUCUCUCGAAGUAUCAUAUGACCAUCUUGGUACCUCGAAGGCCAUCCUAGCAUACUUCCUGGCAAACGCGCCUUCUGAGAUGCUGAAGAUAUUCGACGAGGUUGCUAUGGAAGUGACACUGCUUCAUUAUCCCGACUACCAGAAGAUCCACUCUGAGAUCCACGUCCGCAUCUCCGACCUACCUACUCAAUAUACUCUCCGUGAACUCCGCCAAAGCCAUCUUAACAGCCUCAUCCGUGUCAGUGGUGUGGUAACACGCCGCAGUGGCGUCUUCCCUCAGCUUAAAUACGUCAAGUUUGAUUGCUCCAAGUGCAAAACUACCCUCGGACCCUUCAUGCAAGAAUCAAACGUCGAGGUUAAGAUCUCAUACUGCCAAAGCUGCCAGUCGCGCGGCCCCUUCACCGUCAACUCCGAUAAAACUGUCUACCGCAACUUUCAGAAACUCACUCUCCAGGAGUCCCCUGGUACAGUACCCGCGGGUCGCCUACCUCGGCACCGCGAGGUCAUCCUUCUCUGGGAUCUCAUUGACUCAGCCAAGCCCGGUGAGGAAAUCGAGGUUACGGGCGUCUACCGCAACAACUAUGAUGCAAAGCUGAACAACCGCAACGGCUUCCCUGUCUUCGCCACCAUCCUUGAGGCAAACCACGUUGUCAAGUUGCACGACCAGCUCGCCGGCUUCAGACUCACGGAGGAAGAUGAACAGAAAAUCCGCGCUCUUUCCCGCGAUCCACAGAUCGUAGACAAGAUCAUUGGCUCCAUGGCACCUAGCAUUUAUGGCCACACCGACAUCAAGACUGCUGUAGCCCUAUCCCUCUUCGGCGGCGUCAGCAAGGUUGGCCAAGGUAAACACAAGAUCCGUGGCGAUAUCAACGUCCUUCUCCUUGGUGACCCUGGAACCGCCAAGUCCCAAGUCCUCAAGUACGUGGAGAAGACUGCACACCGCGCCGUUUUCGCGACAGGUCAGGGUGCUUCAGCCGUCGGUCUCACAGCCUCCGUGCGCAAAGAUCCUCUCACAUCAGAGUGGACUCUCGAAGGCGGCGCGCUCGUCCUCGCUGACCGCGGCACCUGCCUGAUCGAUGAGUUCGAUAAGAUGAACGAUGCCGACCGAACCUCCAUCCACGAAGCCAUGGAGCAGCAGACCAUCUCCAUCUCCAAAGCUGGUAUCGUCACCACCCUCCAAGCGCGCUGCGGUAUCGUCGCAGCCGCCAACCCCAACGGCGGCCGCUACAACUCCACCCUCCCCUUCUCCCAGAACGUCGACCUCACCGAGCCCAUUCUCUCGCGUUUCGAUAUUCUCUGUGUUGUCCGCGACACCGUCGAACCUGAGGAGGACGAGCGCCUUGCCCGCUUCGUCGUCGCCUCCCACGGCCGCAGUCACCCGGCUGCUGCAACUGGUGAGGAGGACGCGGAGGGAGAGCGCAUGGAGGUCGAGCGCGACGGCCCGAAACAAGAGGGCGAGAUCCCCCAGGAGUUGCUACGCAAGUAUAUCUUGUACUCGCGCGAGCGCUGCCGCCCGAAGCUGUAUCAGAUGGACGAGGAUAAGGUGGCACGUCUGUUUGCGGAUAUGCGCCGCGAGUCGUUGGCUACGGGAGCGUUCCCUAUUACUGUCCGUCAUCUUGAGGCUAUUAUGCGUAUCGCUGAGGCGUUUAGCCGCAUGAGGCUCUCAGAGUAUGCCUCUGCGAGGGAUAUUGACCGUGCCAUUGCCGUGGCGGUGGAUAGUUUCGUUGGUGCACAGAAGCUGAGCUGUCGCAAGGCGCUGGCCCGGUCGUUUGCGAAGUACACGCUUGCGAGGCCAGGGAAGGGGGUUCCAGUAGGCGUGACGGCCUAGAAUUGUUAUGUUGGAUGGAUAUGUUAGAAUGGAUGGGUUUGCUGGAGGAGUUGAGGGACUGGGAGUGGGUUUAUGCGUAAUCAAUACCAAAUGUUAAUGCUUGAUGAGAAAUACGCAACCCAUGGGAUAUUUGUAUUGCAAAUGGAGUGCUGUAAAGAUCUUAACGCGAACAGCUCGAAUAGUGUCAUUUGCUUGUCCGAGACAGACUUGGAAAACAUGGGAACGACGAUCCAAUACGUUGAUCUGAGAGCUUAAGUAAUAGAAGAGAGCAGCUUUGCUACUGCGUCGUGCCCAUUCCGUGUAGCCCAUAAGAGCGGCGUCUGGCCAUCAAUGUCUUUGGACUCUAGCUUAGCGCCCUCGUCAAGCAGAAGCCUCACUACUGCCUCACGCCCAUACUCUGCAGCUGUCCGGCCACUAUCAUUUGUAGACUCUAGCUUCGCGCCGUUGUUAAGCAGCAGCUUCACUACUGCCUCGUGCCCUUUCCGUGCAGCGAAAGAGAGUGGUGUGCGGCCUCUGUUAGAUGUAGAUUCUACCUUAGCUCCCUUGUUAAGCAGAAGCCUCACUACUUCCCUAUGUCCAUUCUCUGCAGCCCAUGAGAGC